AUGGUGAGAUUUAGUAGAGUGCUUCUCAAAGACGGAGGGGUUAGGAUCAGUAAGACCCUCUCCGAAAUUCUGGUCUGCCCUCUCUCCAAACAACCCUUGAGGGUAUGUGAAGAAUCAAAUUCUCUGAUCAGUGACGCAAUCGGCGUUUCUUUUCCUAUAGUGGAUGGUAUUCCUUGCCUUGUACCACAUGAUGGCAAGAUAAUUGGAACUGAAACUGAUGACACGUCAAAAUCUGAUGGUGCUGUUGAUUCACCUAGUAUGAGUAAACAACGUCAAGAAGGCAGCUCCUGA